GAGCCGCUCACACUCAAUCCUUCACACAGCCAGAGGGGCCAAGAAAUGAAUUCCCCAAAUCCCUCUGCAAAAUUUUUCAUGGGCAGGAGGGUGAAAUGGAGCUGGAGCUCGGCGUUGAUCGGAGCCGUGUCGGCAGGAGCGGCGGCGGCGGCACUGUCCCGGGCGAAGCCCCGGGACCCGACCUUUCACCUCAUCUCCAUCAGCCUCACCUCCUUCAAGCUCAACCUUCCCGUGCUCGAUGCCGAGGUGAUCCUCACCGUCCACGUCACCAACCCCAACAUCGUCCCAAUCCACUACUCCUCCACCACAAUGUCCAUCUUCUAUGACGGCUCCCUGCUGGGGCUCGCCGAGGUCGCCGCCGGCCACCAGCCGCCGCGGUCCUGCCAGCUGCUGCGCCUCCCGGCGCGGCUGGAUGGGCUGGAGCUGGCCCACCACGCCGCCAAGUUCCUGGCGGACGUGGCCAGGCGGGAGAUGGUGUUCGACGCGACGGUGGACAUCGAGGGGACGGCGAAGGUGCUGUGGUGGGAGCACCGGUUCAAGGUGCACGUGGACAGUCACGUGACGGUCGACCCGGUCUUCCUCGACGUCAUCGGUCAGGAAAACCAGUCGGAGUUGGAAGUCUUCGUGGGCUAAAAGCCUUAAAGCCCAACAACAAGAAAGCUUCCCAUAAAUCAAUUGUGGAUUAAAUAGUGAUUUGCUUGGAAAAUGUGAUUUAUAUAAAGUAAUGAAAGUUUCAUCUUAUCUUAUUACCUGUCAAUCGAAGGUUGGGAAUUCCCGGUCGGACCGAAUUGACUCAUAUAUCAUCAUAUUUGUCGUAGUCGGACAAUAUUCCGACUUUAAAGUUAUC